AUGUCCCUCGAUCAGGAAUCUCACGAUGAGGACAGCAGCUCGUCAACUUUGAAUGAAAGCCUUACAGCCCCCUUAAUUAGCUUAGUCGAGAGUGGUGAUGUUGAGGGUAAUGUUAUUCAAAGUUAUUCACAUACAGUCGUCAUGCCGCAGCUUUUGCAACCUCAGUCUAAUUUUCAGAAGUUCUCUGCUCUCAUCAGCAUUGGAGGUAUGAGUUGUGCAGCAUGUGCUAACUCAAUUAUGAAUUGUGUUAGCCAGCUCAAAUUUGUGGAUGAAAUCACUGUCAACAAUCUCACCCAUAAUGGAACAGUUCGUUGGACCGGAGCACGAUCAGACAUUCACAAGGUUAUUGAGCAGAUAGAAGACAUGGGAUUUGAGGCAAUCCUUGACCAUGUCAAUAGCAAAGCAGUUUCGGCCCGCAGCAACCAGAAUUUAUUUCUUGUUGAUUUGGCCGUCAGUGGCUUAACUUGUGGCUCAUGUGUGGAGAGCAUUACACGAGGACUUCAAAGCUUGCCUUUUGUUACGAAUGUGGCCAUCAACUUUCUAUCCCAUAGCGGAAAAGUAGAGUUUGAAGGCAGAGAGAAUUCCGAUCAAGUCAUCGCGAAGAUUGAGGAUUUGGGAUACAACGCUUCAAUCCACAGCAUAUCUCCAGUCAACUCGGAUACUGAUCUAGACACACCCACCGGUUCUAGAACUACAUCCAUCCUCAUCAAUGGCAUGUUUAAUGUCCGUUGUGUGGGCCUGAUCCUUGACUCCUUGAGUGAUAUAUCAGGUCUCCAGGUUCAAGAGAUCCCGUCACUCGAGAAUCCAAUUAUUACAAUUACAUAUUUUCCGCGACCUCCUUCCCUCACUGUUCGAACUAUCUUGAAUUCUAUUGACUCUGUCGAUAAGUCCAUUCAUUCUGAGGUCUACCACCCGCCAACUAACGAGGAGCGAUCUCGAGCCAUGCAAAAGCAAGCCCGGCAUCAGUUGCUCGGGCGUCUUUUCUUUGUCUUCCUCAUUGCUAUUCCCACGUUUCUAGUUGGGAUGGUAUUCAUGAGUUUCGUAUCCCCUGAAAACAAAUUUCGGCGCUAUUUGGAGCAGCCCAUGUGGCUGCAAAUUACCCUCAUGGACUGGGCACUGCUGCUUUUAACAACGCCUGUCAUGUUUUAUGGGGCAGAUUUGUUUCAUAAGCGAGCAUUCAAGGAAGUAUAUGCACUAUGGCGGCCUGGAAGUUCCACUCCCCUGGGGCAGAGGUUCUAUCGCUUUGGUAGCAUGAAUCUUUUGAUUUCGGCUGGCACGGCAGUGGCUUAUGUGGCUUCAUUGAUUUCACUUAUAUUUGAUGCAUCCUAUGGUACAGCACCUGAUCAACGCCGCUCGACCUGUUUCGACUCGGUAGUGUUCUUAACCCUUUUCAUUCUUGCCGGACGCUGCUUGGAAACGUACAGCAAAGAACGGACCGAUGAUGCAGUUGCUUCUUUGGGUAAAUUACUUCCUUCCGAGGCAUUUCUCGUGGAGAACGCAGGAGAACGCGGGUCGGAGCGGUUGCAAAGCAUUAGUAUCCAUCUUUUGGAAGUUGGCGAUGUCGUUAGCGUUCCCCAUGGCUCAUCACCAUCGGCAGAUGGGAUCAUUCUUGGUGACGGCGCCUAUCAGUUUGACGAAAGCUCUCUGACCGGAGAGUCUACUUCAGUGAAAAAGGAAGCAGGUGACCAAGUCUUCGCUGGUUCGAUCAAUGUUGGUUCGCCCGUGCACGUGCGGCUCACUGGCGUAGGCGGUCUUUCGAUGCUUGAUCAAAUAAUCACCGUUGUUCGUGAAGGCCAGAGCAAACGAGCAUCCAUAGAGAGAGCUGUCGAUACUCUGACAGCCCAUUUUGUUCCGGUUAUCACCCUCAUCGCAAUUAUUACAUUCAUCACCUGGGUUACGUUGGCAUUAUCUGGAGUCCUGCCCACCGACUUCCUCGAUUCCACUCACAUGGGAUGGACAUUUUGGAGCCUGGAGUUCGCUAUCGCAGUUUUUGUAGUUGCUUGUCCAUGUGGCUUGGCUCUUGCAGCACCUACGGCGCUGUUCGUCGGUGGAGGAGUUGCAGCCCGACAUGGUAUUCUGGUCCAAGGAGGCGGCGAAGCAUUUCAGGAGGCGAGUCGGCUAAAUGCCGUAGUUUUCGAUAAAACCGGUACACUCACGGACAGUGGGAGUCUCCAUAUCAGCGACUAUGAGGUGCUCACUGGUGAUAUGGCGCAACUCUCUGUCGCGUGGAACGUCGCCCAAGGUCUAGAGGAACAGAGCAAGCAUCCAAUCGCCACUGCAGUCCGCCAGUUUUGUCAGCAGAAAGAAGCGCCUUCUGUGCAAAUUCUUGAGUCCGACAUCCACGAAAUCGCUGGCCAUGGUAUGCAAGGUACUUUCACUCUGACUCUCGAUAAUGAGGGGCAAAAUGAUGGUUCGCCGCCGAGUGUCUGCUAUGAAGCAGCUAUUGGCAACGAACGGCUGCUACAGAGACUAUCACCGGCCAACACGGACACUUAUUAUCUAUCAUCACUUCUUGCAAAAUACCAAACAGCAGGGAAAUCUGUUGCAAUACUUUCACUCCGUCGAUGCGCCCCUCAGGAAGCUUCAGAGCGUCCUCCAUUUGUGCCAGUUGUUGUAUUCGCUAUAUCUGAAUCCAUCCGACCAGAUGCGGCACGCGUCGUUGCAAAGCUUCAAAGCCGACAGGUCGAUGUCUUCAUGUGCACAGGAGAUAAUGAAACGACUGCUCAUGCGGUUGCUGAUACCUUGGGAAUUCCUCGUACCCAUGUAAUGGCAAACGUCUUGCCAACUGAAAAGGCGGAUUUCGUGCAUCAGGUACAGGAAGGCUCACUUGAGCUGCAAUCCGACUCAGUCAGAAAAAGCAGAAAGGGAUGCCCUUCGCGGUCGAUAGUUGCCUUCGUUGGUGACGGGGUCAACGACGCGCCAGCGCUUGCAGCUGCCGAUGUCAGCGUUGCCAUGGCCUCUGGUUCGGAUGUAGCAAUUAGCUCUGCAAGCUUCAUACUUCUCAACUCAGAUAUCAGCAACAUCCUUGAGCUUGUUCUUUUGAGUCGUCGAGUGUUUCGUCGCGUCAAGCUCAACUUCUGCUGGGCACUUGUGUACAACGUGUGUCUAAUCCCGAUUGCAGCCGGAGUGUUGUAUCCAAUCGUCAUCGGUCAGACAGAGCGAGUAAUCGAUGGCAGAACAGUGCUGGUCGAUAGACAUUUCCGACUGAGUCCAGUCUGGGCCGCCUUGGCUAUGGCACUCAGUAGUAUCUCGGUGGUAUGCAGCAGCCUUGCUCUCGGAGUCGAAACGAGGCAUGUUAAGCGGUUUAUCAACCAGAUUUUCAAAAGAAAGACUCGGAGAUAG